CUGUCUGGUGUUACCGAUGCUGGUUACUGGUGUACCCGGAAAGGGUCGAUUUUGUACGCAGAAAUGGUCAUAUAAUCCCGGCGCCGACGACUCUAAAACCCGCAGGAAAAACCGUAUACCGCACAUAGCAGCACGAUACACCAUAUACCGCACAUACCCCACAGUAGCCACACAAAACCACCGACGCUUGUUGACGGGCACAUUGCCUCCAAGGAUGCCAAUCUCCGACAGCCUCCUCCUCCGUAGAUCGCGGCAAAAAACCAACCGCCGUGCCCGGCCCCCGGAGGCAGGUCCUAACCACACACAACACACCUCACCCACGCACCACACGGCGGUCAUCAUGCUGGGGAAUGGCAAACAUUGCAAAGACGCGGAAGCCUUAAGGCUAGAUGUGGCGGCCAUGUUCUCGGCAGCUGGCCGUAGCUUUCAUUCCGGGAAGGGAGGCGGCAGGCAGAAGAAGUACAUCUGCAAUGGCGCCGCAGGAGGAUGCCAGGCGACCGUGCGCGCCUGCAGGCAUUGGUCGGGAGAGUUCAAGGUGACGUUCUUCAUCCCGGAACAAAACGACUGCUCUGGCGGCAAGGUCGGAGCAAAAGCGGCUGCGCUCGAGGGCUUCGCCAGUGCCGCCAUGGUCAGCAACCCGACCAUGAAGGGCACCGACCUCAAGAGGAGCCUGGUGCAGGGCACAGGACUCAGGGUCAGCUACAGCACGGCGUCACGCCUGAAGGUCGCGGCCAAGAGGGCAUCGAAGGAGCAACUGGAGCACGGGUACCGCAUCAUGGACUCGUACUGCAAGGAGCUGGUGAAGGACUGUCCGGGACCGGUUGCGGUGGUGCAGAGGGAGACUACCGGCAGGUUCCCCAGUGUUUUCGUCAUGCUCGGGCGUGCUGCUCGCGCUGCGGUGCGAAGCCCGGUGAAGGUCGUGGGGAUGGAUGGGGGACACCUCAAGGGAGAGUGGAACGGGAUGAUGCUGACGCUGACGUGCAAGGACGCCCACAACGAGAUGAUCAACGUGGCGACGGUGAUCGGACCCAAGGAGGACACGUCCCUCUACAAGACAUUGCUGCGCAACUGCAAGAACCCGAAGAUGAGGGACCUGCUGGAAGACUCGAAGACAACCUUCUUCACGGACCAGCACAAGGGGGCGACCUGUGCGCUGCGGAGAGAGGCCCCGCUGGCGCAGCACCGGUACUGCUUGAGGCACCUCAUCCUGAACUUAGAGGAGAAGAUUGGCAGCAAUGCCAACUCAUGGGUAUUCUUCGCCGCCAGAGCUCCCACGAAGAAACAAUGCGAGGACAUCCUGAAACAGCACGUUCUACCGAGCAAGCCUCGCGCCUAUGUCCAGAUCAUUGACGAUGAUUGGAAGUGGCAUGAGUGGGCUUCCUCUGGUGGGCCCCGACACCACACUCAAAGACGUUGUCACGAACAACCUUUCGGAGCAAACCAAUUCGGCGGCUGGUGUCGAGGCUAGGAAGCCACCGCCAUUGGAGCUGAUGAGGAGCAUCCUCGCUGAUACCGCCAAGAAGUUCUCCCACCGUUCCACCCUCGGCAAUGGCACAUGGACACUCUAUGCUGCCGCGACGUUCGAAUAUCAGAGGGAGAAGUCCGCCGGGGUCCUGCUGAGGUGGGGCGAGCCGGCGCAGAAAACGGAGUGGUCCUGCACAUGCGGGUUCCCCGCGAGAUUCCAGAUCCCUUGUUGCGACGUCAUUGCCGUGGCUAGAGGGUCCUGCUGAGGUGGGGCGAGCCGGGGCAGAUGACGGAGUGGUCCUGCACAUGCGGGUUCCCCGCGAGAUUCCAGAUCCCUUGUUGCGACGUCAUUGCCGUGGCUAGAGGAAUCGCUCGGUCAAGUGUUUGAUGACACAAGAAAUAAGCGGUCUACGUUCUCGUACUUCCGUNUGUCCUCUUGUCAUUGUGGCGGGUCUUUUGUUUUCUGUGUGUCUGUUCAUAUUAGUUGUUUCCUGCAUGGUUUUGUUUCUUGUUUUUUUAUCUCUUUUGUUCUGUCUUCCCCGGAUAGUGUAUUUUCUCCAUCUUUGUGGAGUACCAAGAUUGAAUCAGGGGAUGAACCACAAUAUCUGGCCUGUGAUUAUACCUUCUUUUAGGCAGUGUAGCCUGUGACCACGGGAAUCGCUCGGUCAAGUGUUUGAUGACACAAGAAAUAAGCGGUCUACGUUCUCGUACUUCCGUUUGAACGAA